CCAGCCAGUCAGUCAGUCAGUGCCCGGCAGAUGCGCUGAGGGGGAGAAAGGAGGAGAAGAAGCAGGUUCCUGAGGGAGACCACGGUGCUGGCAAGCACCUGUUUCUUUUUUGGAACUGGGUUUCGUCACAGUCUUGAACUGACAUGGUAUGACGACGACCUUUGAGGGAAUUGGCUUGCAAGGCCUUCUAAGCUUCCUGAGCACCUGUGACAGGAUUUGGGCUCUGCUAUUGUGACAUCCCAGAGAUAAUGCCAUCCUUGCCCAAUGAGGGAGAUAACCAAGGAAAUUCUUCUCUGACUUUACGCUCAGACCUUUCUUUCCAAAGCACAAUAAGAAGAAAAGUCAGAGAGAAGAAAAAGCACGGGACCAUCACUGCAAAUGUUGCUGGCACAAAAUAUGAGAUUGUCCGGGUAGUAAUAGAAGAAAUGGGGUACCUCAAGACUCGGGAUGAAGACGAGACUGCAAAUCUCAUCUGGAGUGACUGUGCUGUACAGCAAGAAAAGAUUGCUGAACUCCGAAACUAUCAGAGAAUCAACCAUUUUCCAGGAAUGGGUGAGAUCUGUAGGAAGGAUUUCUUAGCAAGAAACAUGACCAAAAUGAUCAAAUCUCUGCCUCAGGAAUACAGUUUUAUUCCUCGGACUUGGAUAUUCCCAGCAGAGUAUACACAAUUCCAGAACUAUGUGAAAGAACUCAAGAGAAAACGCAGACAGAAAACGUUCAUAGUCAAGCCAGCUAAUGGGGCAAUGGGGCAUGGGAUCUCCCUUACAAGAAAUGGAGAAAAGUUGCAUUCUCAAGAACACCUGAUAGUCCAGGAAUACCUUGACAAGCCCUUUCUUAUGGAAGGCUACAAAUUUGAUUUAAGGAUAUAUAUUCUGGUGACUUCUUGUGAUCCUUUAAAAAUAUUUUUAUAUCAUGAUGGGCUAGUGAGAAUGGGCACAGAGAAAUAUCAUCCUCCCAAUGAUUCAAACCUGAGCCAGCUGUAUAUGCACCUGACCAACUACUCCGUGAAUAAGCAUAAUGAGAAUUUUGAACGGGAUGAAACCGAAGAUAAAGGCAGUAAGCGCUCUAUAAAGUGGUUUACUGAGUUUCUGCAAACAAAUCACCUUGACGUUUCCAAAUUCUGGAAUGAUAUUUCAGAAUUAGUGGUGAAGACACUCAUAGUAGCAGAGCCACAUGUCCUUCAUGCUUACCGUAUGUGUAGACCAGGGCAGUCUCCAGGAAGUGACAGUGUUUGCUUUGAAGUUCUUGGUUUUGAUAUUCUGCUGGACAGAAAACUCAAGCCAUGGCUCCUAGAGAUUAACCGAGCCCCAAGCUUUGGUACUGACCAAAAAAUAGACUAUGAUGUGAAAAAAGGUGUUCUGCUCAAUGCAUUAAAGCUUCUCAAUAUCAGAACAAGUGAUAAAAGGAAAAAUUUAGCUAAGCAGAAAGCAGAGGCUCAGAAGAGACUUUAUGGUCAAGGUUCAAUGAAAAGGUUGUCACCUGUGUCUUCUGAUUGGGAAAAGCAACGACGGUCCUUAGAAAGAAGGAGAGAAGAACUGAAAGAGACACUUGCACAAGUACGCAAACAGAUCUCCAAAGAAGAACAUGAAAAUAGGCAUAUGGGAAAUUACAGGCGGAUUUAUCCUCCUGAUGAUAAGCUGCUGCUUGAAAAAUAUGAAACUCUUUUAGCUGCUGCCUUUCAGACAUUCCUCUCUGGGAGAGCAGCGUCACUUCAACGAGAAAUGAACAACCCUUUGAAAAGGAUGAAGGAAGAAGAUAUAUUGGAUCUUUUAGAACAAUGUGAAUUGGACGAUGAGAAACUAAUGGGAAAAUCCAUCAAACCACGUGGACCAAAGCCCUUGUAUUCCAUGCCAGAGAGUGCACAGUUCGUGAAGAAAAGCAAGAAUUACAGCAGUGGCAGCAGCUGUGAAAGUAGCAGUGAAAUGUCCGAUUGGGAGGAGGAAGCUGAGAAAGAAGAUGAAAAUGGAAAGAAAGAAAAGAAUGUCUCAUUUGAUCUUGAAGAUAGGAAAUUGCUAGAACGAUCUAGCCGAAUGCACUGGAAGCGACCUCUUAAAAAAGUCCCAUCUUAUUCAUCUGCUCCCACAGCCGCAGGUCCUAUCAGACGUUCGCUCAGUUGCCCUCGAUCUAUUUCUGCGUUGACCAUGCAUGCCGAAAACCGCCCUUUUUCUGCCAAGCCAAUAGUACAGCUUUCCCGACAGUCUGCUGUGAAUAGGUCACACUCUUUAAACCGAGGUUCAUCUACAGUCAAAAUGUCUCACACUGCCAACCUGGGUACUGUACAUUCUUCUGUGGUUGAGAUGCACCAGAGAACAAAAGAACAAGAGGAAUCGCUAACAAAGGAGACUUUGGUAAUUUUCAAUGACAUGAAGAUCCGAUUCCCAGGGAAAACAAAUGAAGAAGCAGAAUUAAUAAUUGAAGAUAUUAUGGAUAAUUGGAAAUAUCACAAGUCAAAAGUGGCCUCAUAUUGGUUAAUAAAACUAGACUCUGCAAAGCAGCGAAAGGUUUUAGAUAUUGUAAAAGCAAGCAUUCGUUCAGUUCUUCAGCGUGUCUGGAGAGUUUCAGAUGUGGAAUGUUUACAUUUGUACCGACUUUUUAACCGUGUGUUUAAUCGCCUGCUAUGGAGCCAUGGCCAGGGGCUGUGGAACUGUUUCUGCAAUUCAGGGAGCUCCUGGGAGACAAUAUUCAGUAGAAGCACAGAAGCAGUGACUGCCGAUCAGCUCCAAUGUUGCCAACGAAUAGUUGAGCUUUGUAAACAGUGUGUGCUAGUGGUUUACAAAUACUCAGCUGAUUCGAGGGGGUCCCUCACUGGAAUGAACCCUGACUGGGAUGAUACAAGGAAGAAGUCAGGAUCCCCCAGGGUCCAAUGUAGCCCCAUCAACCUUGAGAGUUGACAGUACUCCCAAUGAUCUACAUUGCUCUUAUCAUCUGUGCUGGCUUAGUUAUGGCUUGGUUACAGCCAGAAAUAUUCAUCUAAUAAAAGAAUUGUUUCAUUUUGAUCUUUUAAAAAUAAAUUACUCAUUGAUCACAUCACUUUCUUUGUAAUUUUGAACACACACACACACCUGUUGACUUAGCAAGUGUAAGGACACUUUUCAGUUAAUUAUAGCACUGAGAACAUAUUUGCUUCUGAAGGAAACCCACCGGUUUGUAGCUGUUUGCUCUAGUUUUCUGAGUUUUCUGCUUGGUCUGUUCUUACACAUAGCACCUUGUGUAUAUUUGCUAUGUGUAAGGCAUCUCGAUCAUUGAGUUAACCUGGGAAUGGCUGUAUGUAGCUCAGGGUCAGUUAGAAGGGAGAUUGCUGGUAUUUGAAGGAGAGCAGAAGAAAGAUUGAUCCUCAGUGAUUUCAACCUUAUGAAAUAAAACAUCCCUGGACUUGUCUCAUUCUCUGUGGACCAACUCUGCUUCUUCAGGGCAAAGGUGACUUUUGUUCCUUUAAGUGAUUCACCAGACAGUGAAGACACUAAAAUACAUUAAAAGGCAGCCUGCAUUACCAAAAUGGUAAGUCUAAAACUAGCGCAAGUUGAAAAACAAUGAUAACAGAAUGGGAUUUCUCAAUAGCCAUAUGUUAAUUUACAUCAGCUAAAGUAAAUCUAUAACCCAAAGGCAACAGUUUUCUGUAAUUCAUAGAGGUGGACCAAAUGCAGUUUAUCAAAUGAUUUUACACUGCAAUUUCUAGCAGCCCUCGUGAAGGAUGACGGGAUUUACAGUUCAGCAAUAUCUGGAGGGUGACAUUUCACACAUGGCUCCGCCAGAUAAUAAGGAUAUGUGGAUGUUUAUGACAAAAAGAAAGUUAUCCUCUUGUGGAUAACUUGCCAUAAAUCUGUUAUUUUUAGUUCCAUUCUAAAAUCAAUUUUUAUCAUGCUGGCUGGCAGAUUCAGGGAGCCCAGAACCCACACAUUUUUUUUUCUGGAACAGAAAGUGAUUUUUUGAAAUUUCAAAGCACUAAAUUGAGGAGUUAUAUCUUGUGCUCUUUAAUGUUUCUGUCCUAGCUAGUUGGGAGGAUUCACUGAAAAAUUGCCACUUUAAUUUCUGUGGCUAAGAAUUAUCUUUUGAUUUCCACCGAUUGCAUCUAUUUACUAAAUAGGAUUUCUAAAUGCCAAGUACAAAUUCAAAACCUCUUCAAAGCUUUACAGAGUAUUCUAAGAUUGUUUGGGACAAUAGGUAGCAAUAUCCUUGGGAACUGAAAUGUGUUUGCUAUUCUGUCAUGUAAAUGUUGCCACCAGCCUCACAUGAAUUGAUGUCAGCUGGGGGGGGGGGGGGGGAGUAUGUGUUAGGGAAGAUAACUCUUCCACAGGGAAACAAACUUGUGUGUUGAAUAUGUUAUCACUAGUUGCAUAAUAAACCCAGUUGAAUGAGCA